UUAAGUACAUAAUAAACAUUUUUAAAAGUGAGGUUAAAUAGAAUUGUUUGUGUCAGUUGUCAAUGUUUAUUUUCACAAAUAUUACAUUUAUUUACGCGUUUUAUGAUUGUCGAUAAAUAUGUCAGACUCCGAAGAUGAUUAUAUGUCCUUUAAGGUCCUUGUUGAUUGUCAAGAAGAUGUUAGGCCGAGUUUACUGUUCAACCGAGAAAAACGCAAGCACGAGUUAUUCAAGAAAAAGCAAGACCCAGUUCCACAGAAGCGACAGAAAUCCUUUCACGAACUCGAAAGGGAGAAUCGUGACAGAGGUUUAAACACAGCCAUUUCAACAGAAAACAAAGGCUUUAAACUACUGGAAAAAAUGGGUUUCAAACCUGGCGAUGGUUUAGGAAAAAGCAAGGCAGGCCUCAAAGAACCAAUCGACAUUGUUUUAAGGCAGGGCACCUCAGGAGUAGGGCGGGAGUCCCAUAUAAAAGAAGUGCAAAGCAAACGAGUACAACAUAAAAUUAAUCGGCUAAGGACCUGUCAGAAUCAAUUUAGGUUGGCCACUAAGGAAAGAACUGCUCUAAAUUUACUUAGGAAGGAUUUUUAUAAGGCACAAAGGAUUUGUGAGGAACUGGACUUUCGUAUUAAAUUGCCAGACCCAGUGGAGGAGUUCUACUGGACAAAGGAAACGAUAAAAAAGCGAAGAAAGCUGGACAAAAAGGAAGCUGACAGUGGCACAGAGAGUAGUGAUGACGAGUUUGAUGAAGAAUUUGAGCAAUACAUAACUGAAGAUAAUUUAUCAGCCUUAAUUGAUUAUAUAAGGAGUAAACACUUGUACUGCUUAUAUUGUGUUAUAACAGGCACUGACGAAGAGGAUUUAAGAGAGAAUUGUCCUGGCCCUUACCGAAGAGACCAUGAUGAUGAGUUAGAGUAAUGUUUUGUUAUUCAAUUAUAUUUUUUUGAGAUUGUGAGUUAUUGAUUAAUAA